AUGAAUGAAAUGUGGAAGCCAGUGGUGAUCUUCACGAUCAUCUCACUCAUCCCACUUCACCUGCACGCAAAAAGCAUCUCACUCAAGAAGCCACCUCCAUUACUCGAGCGACCUCGACGCCCAACUAAUGCUUCGAACACGAAAUCCGAUAAGGAGAUCGAGUAUAAGCCGGCAAAAGCAGUUUCAUCGAAAGACACGGUGGUAGUGGACGAUAAGCUGGAGACAAACGUGUCCAGGUUACUCGAUCGCCUCAUCGCUAGCCACGAUCGAAGAAUUCGUCCCAACUAUGGAGGAGCACCAAUUGAAGUGAAUGUGACGGCUCACGUGACAACCAUUUCAGCAAUCUCUGAAGUUUCAAUGGAUUACACGGUCGAUUUGUAUUUGCGACAAAUUUGGCGUGAUCCUCGACUCGCUUUCGGUAAUGACGGCAACUCAUCACUGACUAUAGGAAUUGAUAUGGUGAAACAAAUCUGGACACCGGAUACGUUUUUCCCGAACGAAAAGAAAUCGUUUUUCCAUGAGGCCACCUCACAUAACUCGUUUUUGCGGAUAGACAGCCAGGGAAACGUGUUGAGGAGUAUUCGCCUAACGGUCACUGCCAAUUGUCCGAUGAACUUGCAUACGUUUCCACUCGAUGUUCAAGUGUGCGCUUUGGAGAUUGAGAGCUACGGCUACUCAACAAAAGAUAUCAUCUAUCAUUGGCAUCAGACAAACUCUGUGACCAUUGACAAAAACGUGCACUUGGCUCAUUUCUCAAUCGGCGAACACUAUCACGUCGAACGAGUCAUAUCAUUGUCCACAGGUAACUACUCACGUCUCACUGCCUAUUUCACCUUUCAACGCAAUAUUGGGUUCUUUCUAAUUCAAAUCUACUUUCCUUCUUCGCUUAUUGUUGUCAUCUCUUGGGUAUCUUUUUGGCUGAAUCGCGAAGCUGUCCAAGCUCGAGUGGGCAUUGGCGUAACCACUGUCUUGACGAUGACAACUUUAAUGACCAGCACGAACUCGAGUCUACCAAAGGUUAGCUAUGUGAAAAGUUUAGACAUUUUUCUGGGAGUUUGCUUUUUUAUCGUCUUUGCCUCAUUGGUAGAAUACGCAACAGUGGGGUAUUUGAUGAAAAGAAAUCGAGCGGUUUUAAAUCAAGCACCAAUACAAUACUAUGAAAGCAGUGAAGGUGAACUACGAAGGAAUACGGUGGCGAAGAAGAAGAAAAAGAGUGUGAAAGUGGAAUUGGAGUCGAUGAAUGCAACAGAUCAACGGAUUCCAUUGUUGGCCAUGAUGCCGAACAUACCGAUUCCCAUUCAACCGCAACCAUAUUUCCGAUCGGUGAGACCGGCUCAAGUGGAUCUCUUCUCGCGCGUUGCUUUCCCUUCUUUCUUUUGUCUUUUUCAUCUCGUUUAUUGGGGUGUUUAUUUGAAUAUU